AUGGAGAAUCAUAAUCCUUCUCUCACCGCCUCAGUCACGGGAUCCCAGGGACAGAGUUCUGCACCAACCCACCGCCCGUUGGCUUCCUCAGGAACCGCCUCGAGCUCCUCGUCUCCUCCUCGUUCCUCAUCUGCCCCUCCUAUUCGUCGUCGUCAUUCUUCUUCUAUUGCUCGCGACGAUAACGCCAUUGGUGAUUCUGAGCGCCGUCCUGAAAUUCAUUCUCAGAGAACGCGUGAGCAGUCCUCUGAGAACCCUCUUCCACGUCCUCAGGGCACCCUAUCUCGCGUCCAUCUGUACCCCGACCGAUUCGCAACCAUCCGUCGAGGUGACAUUGUUUUCGACGAGUCUGGUCUGCCGCGUCCGAACCCGAGACGUGGACACCGUCGUCGCUCCACACACGUAACCCCCGCCGAUCUCGAGAGCUUUCGACGGGAAGUGUUGGGAAUUGAAUCUACUCCUUCUAUCGUCCCAGAAGAAGAGACUCAGUCCCGACCCAGACAGAAUCCUUCUUUGGAUCCCCAGUUCGAGCAGCUGAAUCAGGCUUUCGAGAGUGCCAAUAUGUCUCUUAACAGCGGAAGCAGCCCCAGCUCGGGCAUGUUCUCGGGCUACGUUGAGAACCCCAGCAACGUUGGUAACGGUCCUCGUCAAUCGGUUUCGGGAGGCAUGCCUCAUGCGGCUGGACAGGUAAAUGGUGGUGCCAUGCCUGGUAUGAACGGUGGUCUCCCAAUGAACGCUGGCCACCAGAUGGAUCUCCAGCAGUUGUACGAUAUGGUCUUGGAGUUGAGUGAUGUGCUCAAGAAUAACCGUGAUAUGACUAAGAACAUUGUUACGAGUGCGGAGGACCUUAUGAACCGUGCUGCUACCGAAGGCACGACCCCUAGCAUUCAGCAAGUCAGCACCGAGAUCAGUGCUGCCCGUAUUGCGGAACUCGAACGUGCCCUCGCCAAAGAAAAACGCACAGUCGAGAUUUUAAAGCACGAGCAAGACGAGAACGCUAGAUUGAUCGGUGAAUACGAGGCUGCGGUCGGCACUAUGGUUGAGCAAAUUCGCAACUAUUGCCAAAAUAACAACUUGCACUUCUUGGCUCAGAAGCGCCAGUACAACAACCUUCUUCAGGCUGAGCGUGACGCGCAUCUUGAGAGUCGCCUCGACCGCGAUUACUGGCACGCCCAGACAAUGAGGUGCUCUGAAAUGAUCCGCACCGCGUAUCGGCUCCGCUGCGAAGAGGAAGAGGUGCCUAUCCGUGUCGUCGCCGGCCUUCAGAAUGAGGUGCGCGCCUACCGUGACGCCCUGGGCAUGGAGCCGGAGAAGCCCGAGGAAGAGUACGGCUGGGAGAUCCUGAAGGAUGUUCCGCCCAGCGUUGAGUAA